CUGACUUUUUGUUUUCCUUUCAGCGUCCUUUUCUUCAGCAUGGAUUUAUUUAGGAUUAUCGUGGUUUGUCUCAUCGCCCUCUCGUGUGUGCUGGCCAACCAUGACCUCAGACAGACCCAACCAACAAAUCGAAUUCCAACAAGAAAUCUUGUGAGAAGAAACCGCGUUCCAUUGCCCACGAGGGAGGAUAAUGGCGCCCCCAGCAGAGGCAGACGAAGGCAGGCGACAUUUUCACGUUUUAGGAGUCUGCCCACUGUUAGAAGCUCUGGUAACAGUCUCAGAACACGAACUAGAAAUUCAAGAGUGAGGCCGAGCAAUGUGAACCAGAAUAGAUUCUCAAACGUACGGUUUGAGCGUGUAGCGAAUACAGGAUCUAGGGCCAUACCCCAACGACACAAUUUUAUCAACAACCGGCGCCGAGCACCGACACAAAGAAACACACGGACGAGCAAUGGAAUGAUUUCUAUAUCCAGAUCUUUACUGAUAGAUCUUUUACAGAUUGCGAGGCUUUUGAAAGGUAAUAUGAAUUCCAGACAAGUUGUGACGACACCACGUACUGUUACCCAACCCACAAUCAGCUUAUCCCUGUCCCCAAACAGUUUUCCAAACAGUUUAUCCAACAACAUUGGUAAUCAACUACAGAACCUUCUACAGUGGGAUAGGGUACAGAAUGUCAUGAAUUCCGGAGUUCUACCCAGACGUGCCAGUAUUCCGUCCAGCCUAGCUUUUCGACCAAUCGUUGAAGAACCUUUCGGAAACGACCCUUCCGUCCUGUUGUUACCCAGCGUGAGGCCCCAGAUUCUCAUGGCUCCUCCUCCGACUUUCCAGCCCUCCCAGCUGGACCUCGCCUUCAGAGCACACUUACUGGACGAGCUCGGACUAGAGAACCUCGUGACGGACACGCCGGACGCCAGUGAGACCAACCAACCUUCUCCACAGAAGAAGCCAGCGCCCCAAAAGACACAGUUAGUUAUCAAUACCAAACGUCAAUCUAAAGCACACGAAGCCCCGUCACAGUCGUCGGUGAAACAGCAGAAUAAUGGUCAUCAAGGAUUGGUACAGAUUGCUAGUGUUCCAAUGACUACAAUAAAGCCGAUACGAAUCGUCUUCAACGCCCAACAGACAGGGCCGCUCACUAACCCGGCUACUACCCCCAUGCCGGGCCCCAUCAGCGUGAAUAAAAACCAAAAACUCAUUAUCACCCCGUCCGGAAACUACACCAUCCAGCAUGUACCUAGUAACAACAAUGGGUUUCAGAUUGUGUGAUCUCAAUUUGAUCUAUCGCAUGUACCUAGUGCCAACAACGGGUUUUAGAUUGCGUGAGCUCAAUUUGAUCUCAAUUUAAUAUCAUGAAUUCUUGUAGAGGAUAUUGACGAUUUCAUUUACAACGGAACACACACUGUAGGGGGAAUGGAACGUGCCUGAGUGAACAGGUCAUUCAUGAAUAAAGUUAUAUACUUGUUUGAAUAAGUUAGGGGAGACAUGUGAAAUAAGAUAGAAGUCAUUACACACAUGAAUAUACUUUUUUUUUUUUAUUUUUUUUUUUAACACAUUACGAUCAGCUGACGGCCAUGUUCUAGUGGUCAAUCGGAGAAUCCCAUCGUUGCUGGUUGGAAUCUCGUCAGCAUCACUUCGCCUCUCUGUCAUUCAUUCGUUUAUAACAUUAUUUCAUAAGUGUUAAUGUAUUGAUAAAAUUUAUAACACUAUUACAUAAGUGUUAAUGUAUUGAUAAAGUUUAUACCAUUAUUUCAUAAGUGUUAAUGUAUUGAUAAAGUUUAUAACAUUAUUU